AUGAGGUACCUUGCACAGAAUAUCGUGCGAUUUGGCACCAUUCUGGCCUUGGUGGCUUUAGUGUCAUCGUUUCCGGCUUCGAUCCAUAUGUCUGCCGAGGAGUUUAUGAAUCGUGAUGAUAUCAAAGUGCGACGAGACGGCUCUGUGCUCAAUCAGACCGAAUCCCCCAAUAUCGUUUGUGGUGGUUGUACACCCUAUUACCAUUAUACCAAAGUCGGUAAUGGUAACCCACACCAGAACUUUGUUAUCACUCAAAAGGGCGGGACUCUCGUGGCUUGCGAUACCUCCUUGGUUUCGACCGGUACUGGGUAUGCAACUACUCUUGGAUGGAGUUUAAGCUUGGGCGUCAACUCCGCUUUCUCGUCUGCUGGGUUCAGUGUCUCUGAGUCGGAAACAUACUCGGUGUCGAACAGUUUCGAAUGUAACGGGGUCGCUGGCGAGAACGGAGAUAUUUGUGUCCUCUUCUACCAAGCCGUCACAGCAUUCACGGUGGAUGUUACAGAAGUGCUGGAGUGCCCUUGUGGAGGUGGCGGAACCAGUAACAGAGGGACUGCGGUUGUUUAUGCACCUAACGCAAACCAGAUUGGUUCUAUCGCAGGUCGAGGCAUCAGCGUGCCUCAGCACGGUGUCAACCAGUGUGUGGGGGACUCUGACAGGAGAGUCAAUUAUUAUUGCGGACCACCUGGGGGUCCUGAAUGGUGGACCGGCCGAGGUGCAGGUCCCUGGAUUGCGGACUACGUGAAUCAGCGUCAACCUGCCGGGUGUGCUAUCCCCAUUGAAGCCAACAGGUACACCGACUAG